CACGUGCCCUCUCUCCACCCCUUCUCUCUCUCUCUCUGUCUCUCUCUCUCUCUUUGGUCCAUUAGCAGGAAGAACAGAUCAUAGACAGACGAGAAGAGACACCCAAGGCAGACGGAGCGCAAGAAGAAGAAGAAGAAGAGGAAAAAGAAGAAGAAGGAAACAACAAGGGAUAGAAGAGAAGAAGACAAAGGAGAAGCCAGUCAGCAUGGAUGUUCUAAAGAAGGGGUUCUCCAUCGCCAAGGAUGGAGUGGUGGCGGCCGCUGAGAAGACCAAGGCCGGCGUGGAGGAGGCCGCUGCCAAGACCAAGGAGGGCGUCAUGUAUGUGGGGAACAAGACGAUGGAGGGAGUAGUCACUGGUGUUAAUACAGUCGCCCACAAAUCGACUGAACAGGCGAACAUCGUGGCAGACACCGCUGUCACCGGGGCCAACGAGGUUGCCCAGGCAACAGUGGAGGGGGUGGAGAAUGCAGCCCUGGCAAGUGGAUUCGUUGCCAAGGAGGAGGCGGAACCUGUGAGUGAGGAGGCUGACCUCCCAAAAACAGAAGCAGGAGGAGAAGAAACUCAACAGGAUGCACAGUAGACUCUCAGUACGACCAACCAGAAGUCACUUCCUGUUUCUUCCCGUCCAAUGAGGAACAAGAAAAGAGGACCCUUCAUUGUAGCCGACAGCGGAACUUCUAACCUUUGACCUAUUGACCCUGAUAACCCUAAAACACCCCUCUGUGUUCUACUGUGUGUAACUUAACCUCAUUAGCCGACAGCAAAACUCCUCCUCUUGCCUCCUGUUGUCAUGGUAACACUGCCUCUGCUUUACACAUACACAAACGGCGAAUUCAAUCAGAUGUCUCACCUGAUUGGUCGGUGUGGAAUGACAUCAUAGGAGCUGAGCGCUCACAUAAUUACGCUGCCUCUGUGUCCUGUAAGCCACACCCCCUUCCUGUCAGUCACUGGGCUGACUCCGCCCCCUGUCAGAAGGACAUCUGAAGCCUUUCUGUGCAUGUUGCUCUACUCACACACUAAAAAUAACCACAAAACACACACACACACACACACACACACACAUACACACUGCUGACAUUAACGAUGCUUCAGAACCAAUUUUAUAGAACAAUAAGUGAAAUAAAGACAAGUUUUAAACCA